UUGUAAGAUCAAAUUGUCCGCCUUACUUUUCUCACUGUAUGUUGACAGUAUUACAUGCUCAACAGUUCUAUGAGAUUGAGUAAAUGUGGUCACAUGACAACUGCCUGUCUUUGUUUGUUUAGAGCAGUUAUAUAGAGAAGAUAUAUUGUCAAUAUUGACUUGUGUUAUCCAUUACUUGAUGCCUGGACAGUGUUCAAUAGGCGACUAGCAGAGACAACGGACAGAUCAACAUUAUUAAACUAACGGGAGUACGAGUGAUUGAAUCAACAGCCACUAUCUGAGUGAGUGGUUUCUUGUCGCAAGGGUCAUUUGACACUGUGAAUCUGACUUGGUGAAAGCAGGGCAGAAAUUCUUAACUGCCAGCAGUCCUAAUGCUACUUUGAUCAUUGACACAUUAUGUAUGUAUGUUGGAAUCCUUAUGUUCAGCAACCGACCUACGUUCUACCGACACAACAACCCUCUCCGUUACCCAACCCUUUAGCAGCGGUCACACCUACCCCGACCCCACAGGAGUUACUUGUGUCAGUCCCAACCCAACAGCCUGUAAUUGCUCCAGUUACUCUUAGUCGCAAGCGAGGUUCUGAAGAGCUGAUGUCUCAUAGUCCAAUGGUAACCAACGGGUCCGGCAUGAGUCCCCAACAUGGACAGAAUCUUGAACUGAACAAUGAGGCCAAAAAGGUUAAACUGGAUCAGGCAAAUGGAACGUCUCGUGUCGUUCACAUUAGAAGUUUACCUGUAGAUUCUAUGGAAACUGAUAUUGUUCAACUUGGUAUGCCAUUUGGUAAAAUGACCAACGUCCUACUGCUCAAACAGAAAAACCAGGCUUUCCUCGAGUUCAGCGAUGAAUCUUCUGCAAGCAACAUGGUAUCUUAUUAUCAGAACUGCCCUGCACAGAUUCGAAUGAAACCAUGUUACGUCCAGUUUUCAAACCACAAGGAACUCAAAACAGAUGCCUCACAUGCACUACAGAAUGCUACAGCACAAGCAGCUCUACAAGCCGCUCAUGUUGGUGGUGUUAUGGGUAGUCCAGGUAGCUGUGGUACAGAUGAUCAAACAACUAUACUUCGUGUAAUUGUAGACAAUGUCCUUUAUCCUGUUACUUUAGAUGUCUUACAUCAGUUGUUUCAACGUUUUGGUAAAAUUCUAAAAAUCAUCACCUUUACGAAAAAUAACACAUUCCAAGCAUUGAUACAGUUUUCAGACACCAUUUCAGCUAAUACUGCAAAAGUAACUUUAGAUGGUCAGAAUAUAUACAAUGGCUGUAACACAUUGAAAAUUGACUACUCCAAACUUACAAACCUCAAUGUUAAGUAUAAUAAUGAAAAGAGUCGUGAUUUUACGCGGCCUGAUUUACCAUCAGGAGAUCAUGGGUUUGAACAACCGUUCCAUUUAAGUGGUAUGCCCGGGGUUAUGACCUCACCGUUUCUGCCCGGUAUUGGACCACAGCUACAUACCCUAAGUGCCGCUGCUCCCCAUGCUGGAGCACCAUCUUUUGGAGGUUUAGCAGGAUCUCCGAUGCCAUUAGCUGGUUAUGGUGCUCAUCAUGGUUUUGGUGGCAAUUUUGGUUUACCAGCAUCAGCAGCGGCAUUAAAUGCUGCAAGACUUGGUUUACCAUUGACCGCACAAGCUGGAAGUAGUGUUAUAUUGGUGUCGAACCUUGAUGAACAGAUGGUCACGCCCGACGCUCUUUUUACCCUCUUUGGAGUAUAUGGUGAUGUACACCGGGUAAAAAUCCUAUUUAACAAGAAGGAUAAUGCUUUGAUACAGAUGGCUGAUCCACAUCAAGCACAAUUAGCUAUCACAUACUUGGAUAAAGUUAAAGUAUGGGGUAAACCUAUUCGAGUUGCACAGUCCAAACACUCACUUGUUCAGAUGCCGAAGGAAGGACAACCUGAUGCUGGUUUAACUAAAGAUUUCACCACAUCUCCUCUUCAUAGGUUUAAACGACCAGGCUCUAAAAAUUGUCAGAAUAUCUUUCCCCCAUCAAGUGUAUUGCAUUUAUCUAACAUUCCACCAAGUGUAACUGAAGAAGAAAUAACAGAGUUGUUUACUAAACAAGGAACUGUGAAGGCCUUUAAAUUUUUCCCAAAAGACAGAAAAAUGGCUUUGAUCCAGAUGGCUUCAUUAGACGAAGCUAUAAAUUCCUUAAUAGCUGCGCAUAACUACCAGUUGGGUGAAAACAGUCAUCUUAGAGUGUCUUUCUCCAAGUCCACGAUCUAAAUUACCAGCAAGUAUAGAGCUAUACACAUACAUGACGUGGCUGUACAACAAAUAUAUAUUACAUUGUUAUAAAAGAGUUUCUGUCGCUGUUUUUGAAAGCUAACAGACUGCUGGGGGUCCAAGUGCCUUUCUUACAAAUUGUUGAAAAGCAGCUUUUAAUCUUGCCGCAAAAAAACACAAAGUUACUAAAAAAAAAAGUUCAUUAUUACAAAAAAGGGGAAAAAUUAAUAUGCGAAAGAAUCAACUUAGAAAGUAGUAAAAAUUAUAAAACAGGACAAUUUUAGUUUUUGGUGUACGGGUGUUGGCCAUUUAAGUUGAUUGUAUUGUUAUGUUAUAUAAAGAAUUUGGCAUAAAUAUUUGUUUGUAUUUGUUUUAUACAUGACAUACUUUUCAUGCGUUGAUUUAUUUUGAUUUGCUAUAUUGUUUAAUUUUGUUGGCUUAAACAGGGUAUUCGGUAAAUAUAUGCAAUGAAAGGAGGAAUUGUGUCGAAGAUAAUAUUAAUGAAAAUCAAAUUUUUUUAUUAUUAUUAGAUAUUGUACAUUGUUUAUCCAUCCGUUUCUCCUUUUAUUGUUUAUUAUUGAGACACCUGCUUGUUUUUUUCAAUAGUUAAUUAUUAUUAUUAUUAUUUUUUAUUAUUAUUUUUUUUUCGGAAUAGCUGUGUUCGAUAAACAAGAUAGUUAAGUUAAUUAGUCAAGCUUUUUUUUCCAGCUUUGCAAAAUUGACUUUAAGGCAGCAAGUAUUAAUAAAACUUUAAUGUGCAUUACAGUGUCAACAUGGAGAAAAGGGAUGUUUUUUCGUAUAGUAUAUGAAAAGAUAGACAUCUUGUAAUGGGCCACAUUGCACAAAGCUGCUUGUUAAAGACUCACACAUACGUAAAUUGGAUUUUUUUUAACGAAACGAUGCUACAAUGUAUGUGACUUUAUGUGAGCUUUGUGCAACGAGGACUGGAGCAGUAGAAUUGACAACCUAUUCUUGUUACGCUAUAGGUAUUUACCUAAUUACCUCACCACGGCCACCCGCCAUUUUAUUUUAAUUAUUUUAUUUUUUUUUUUAAUGGUCGUGUGGUGUUCAAUUUAUAUUACUUUAAGCAUAAUUCAACCUGGCGUUAACAAGUAUAGGCGAUGUUAAUUCUCUUUCAAGCUGAUUUAUAACAUGAAAUCCAUUUAUUAAUAAACAUAAUGUGAUAAACUAUAAUAACUAAUUAAUAGAUGAUAAUUAACAAUUAAGAUUAAAUUUUAAAAGGUAGUAGACGAUUAGUAUAUUAUUAUUAACAUUGCCCACCCUGUUUCACUCAAAACCAUGCUUCAGAAACUCUCCCCGAUACAACAUUGGUUUGUAUCUUAUUAAACAGAUCGGGUCGCAUGUGCCAUUCAUAUUUCAACUAAGCUUGAUGUCAUGCAGAACAAUCUCGACAAGACUACUCUUCAAAGUAUAAGUCAGUUGAACCUCCUUUGAGACUGUUUAUGUGAGGCGUUGGAUUUUUAGCUUAAGCUGAAACUAUGAAUGGUGUAUUCGUCCCUUAGUCUCAUGGACAACUUUAUAUAUAUACUGUAACCGUACAUAGUUAGUAUAGCAGAAUAAUGUUCUUUUUGCCGGUAGAAGUAGUGAAUAAUUUUUGUAAGUUCUAUUUUUGCAUUUGGUGUUGAAAACCUUUUAAUGAACCAUGAAAUUAAGGUUUGGAUAUAUAUAUUUUUGCAUUUUUUGAAGAGUUAAAAUUGUAUGGGAAAUUUAUUUUACAUUUUACUAUUAUUAUUAUUAUAAUUAUUAUUAUUAAUGUGUUGAAGACGAGCAGGGUGAUGUUGUUGUUGGUAUGUUGUUUUUAUUGUUUGUUGUCUUUGUACAUCAUCAAAACAUGACCCAGCCGUACACAUUGAUUACCAUGGCAACAGAACAUAAACAAUUGUUAAUGAUUGCUAUGGCAAUGGAACAUAAACAUUGUUAAUGAUUGCUAUGGAGAUGGCUGCAUCAUGUUGAAUUUCUUACGUAAAAAUUUAUAUUUCAAAAGCAGCAUUCCACUUUAUUCAUGGCCUUACUGUGCAUUGAAGAAAAAUUGUUAUUGAUCAUCGGAAAUGUCUAUUUUGAAAACAAUUUGAAAUAACGGGACCCUUUUUCUGUUUUUGCUAUGUUCAUACGUUUAUACUGCUUAUUGAUUGAUUGAUUAAAAAUCUGACCUAUUUGAGUGACUUUAUAGAUGGACCUGUUGUUUUUGAUUUUGCAUUCAAUCUACGUAGUGUUCAAGUUGAUUACUAUUUUAACAUCCCCUUUUUCUUAUAAUAACUAUUGUCGUUGCUUCAGUUUCUAGUUGUAUUAUUCUCACAAAUACAUAAUCUCUCGUUAAGACAUCUGGUUGGAAUUUAUUAAGGGGUGGGGCUGGCGGAACUGACAAGGAAAGCCUGUCUAUGGCAUUCGGAUGGGUAAAAAAAUUGAGGCCCACGUGUUUACAUAAAGUGUGCAUGUUAAGUUGGAAUUUGAAUUAGAGUACCUGUUAUGUGGAAAUGAUGUUGUUUGGACAGAAUUCUUCCCAUUGCGUAUAAAGCAGUCACUUGAAUGUUUUAAUGUGGGGAAAGUUAUGGAUAUACAGAGUUCACACCUUAAUUGUCCGAUUACCCUAGUUCCACGACACCAAGAGUUCACGACACCCAGAGUCAGAGAACUAGCUGGCGAGAGAUGAAAGGUUUCCGAGAAUGUAGUUGUUUGUAACCAUUGUAAUAUUUUAUCCUACAUCCAAUAGUUAAGAAAAACACCUUGAUGUCACGUUUUGUUGAAUAUAACAGACUGGUUUUACAGUAAUUGGAUUACAAGUUAUGAAAUCCGAACAAGAAUUGUUCAUUAUUAUUAUUACAACACACAUUUAUCAUAGAAAUCAUAAGAGAUCUUGAUGGCCGAUCUCAUCCAAAUUUAUUUUAUAAAGAAUUUCAUGGUGUAACAUUACAUCUGUAUGUAUGUGUGUAACGAAUUGAUCUUGAAAUCCAGUUUUUGUUUAUGGGUUAAAUUAUAAUACAAAAAGAAAAUCAUACGUCAUUUAGUUCGUAUUUAUCUAAUAAUUCUAGAUUUGAUUAGAUUAAGAUCAUCGUCUUAGGAUAUUUGUUAAAACUUCUUUCUGGACUACAGAAGUGAUGUCAAUGACAUCUUUUUAUUUUGAUGGUUAUAUUAUAAAUAUAUAUAUAUAAUUAAUAUGUUCAUGAAUUGAUUGCCUUUAUAUGUCUUGUUAUAUAUAUAUGAAUAUAUAUUAUUAUAUAUUGUAUAAUAGGGAAUCUCCCAGUUUCAUAUGGGGGAAACUUAUAUAGAUCUGAACUUGCCAUGGUUUUUACGCAAGUUUUAAAUGUGCCUAACAAAAGGGAACAACACCACAUACUGUUAUGAAAGUUUUUAUCUUUAAGAAUUUUUGCUUUUUUAUUUAUUAAAUAUAUACUUGAAGACUCUUGAUUUUAGAGUUUUUGAAUAUGAUAUAUAAAUGCAAGGAUGAAAAAAGCCUGUAAUGAAAUUGAUAUGAUGUACCAAGUGACAUGUAUUGCGCAAUUUAAGGGGGUGGACAGUAGAAAAUUUCAGUUUUUUUAAUAAUUGAGGUAAAGUCACCAUUCUUACACAUCUAAGAACACAUCCAUUGAAUAUUACAAAAACGGCCGAAAAAUUUUCCUGGGGGUACCUGUUGCUAUGGAAACGGCGGCCAUCUUGGAUUUCUGCGUAUAAUUUUAGUCAUCCAGUUUCUCAGAAACUAUUCAACAGAAUGUUUUAAAAUUAAGCAGAGAGGUUACUGACAUGUUCCUUUGUGCAAUAGGCAAGUUUCAUUACAAAAUAAUAAUUAGAAAGCAAGUUAUACACAUUUUAAUGUUAACUUCAAAAUUCUUUCACGUGUCACAGUUGCUAUGGCAACAAUAUAUCAGGAACUAUUUCGCAGAUUUCAAUAAAAUUUUCCUAUUGCACAAAGUUAUUAUAUAGGAAGUUAUAUUCCAAGUUUCAAGAAAAUCUGACGUUAACUUUCAGAGAUAUAGCAUGACUAAAAUUGGUAACUCUAGAAAAAAACUGUUUUGAGAAAUCAACAACUGAAGUUGAAGUAUUUCAGUAGAACAACUUACGCCGAUCUGUUCAAUUCAUUUAUUUAAUAUUAAUAAACUGACUUUUAAUAUAUAUAUUUUCUAAUGUAUUUCUUAUCAAUAUACAGUAUUUUCUUAUUUUAUUUCUUGUGUGUAAAUUUACAACCGAACAUUGGCAUAGGAAUAGAUGUUAUUCAAAACAACCAUAACUAAUAAACUAUAAUAAUCACUGACAGCAGGCCUACCUGGUAAUGGUAUUGCAACCAUACCACUACUAGGUCUAGCAGACGAAUUUUCAUCUUCAUUUUGUUUAUUAUGAGUGUCUGUCAUACUUAUUUAGUCAUCUAAACAAUUUCAAACGCAUUUUAUUUGAAAAUCUUCAAAAAUAUUGAUAAACAGUGACGUACGGUUCAGUAAUAUAGCAACCAGGAUUGAUUUGGGACCUGAGCUUAGUGCGCAUGCCUAUUGACCUGACCUAGAGGAUUGCCCGCUUCUGAUUGGACACUUCACCAUUGACCUAUGUGACCGACCAAUCAAAUAACGUAAUCUCGAAAUAACCUCAUUAGGUAUGCAAAACUUGUUCUUGCUUGCUAUUUUUAUCUCAAAAUAAAAAAGGGUGGGAUCAUUCAGAACCAAAUUUUGUAGAAAUAAAGAAGAAUUUUGUGAAAAAAAUGACUGGUAUGUGUUCCUAGAUAGUGUUACUCGCAGAUAAUCAUAAAACCUCAAAAACGAUUUUAUUGUUAAAAUUCACCAAAUGAAGUGCGAACGACGGCCUUAAGGAUAUUAAAGAACUGUUUUGUAAAAAAAAAAAGGAUUAAAAUUUUGUGCAUUUGAAUUGAUCCAUAAAAUCAUCUAAAACUUGAGCAUGAAUGUAUUGAUAUAUUAAAAGUGACUGGUUUUACCUUAGGAGUUUCUCACAGUUCAUUAAUUUAAUGGCGUAAGGAUAUAUUAUAUUUUGAAAAUUAACAUUUUAUAGUGCUAUAUAAAUCCCUAAUGACAAGCCAGUCACUGGAAUAUUUUAAUACUGAAACUAUUUUCUUGAUAUAACUAUAUUUCUGAUCUUCCCUAUGGCACUAUCUAGAACUAUCAUAUUUCCCUGAAUUAUAAUUAUCUGUUUUGUUUCUAGUUUAUUUCUUUCUAUCUUUAGUAGGUAUUUCUAUAGUUUGUAUAGGACAACUAGAUAUUUCUAUGACUAAUUCAAUUGUAUGUUCUUGUGUGGUAUUAAACAUAUAUAUGGAUGUGGGAAAAUAA